CCAGGACAUCAUGAUCUUUCGCUAUGACGAACUACCCAGAGUGCUUGAAGUUACGUUUCUGUUUGCUUGCAGAUCACAAUCGUACGAGAAGCGUGGGGCUGACGGACUUAUCCAGGACUGGCGCUGGCCACUGCCGAAUUUGCCUCCAUGAGCUGCUUGCACGGAUUUCUUCUAGUUGGACAGAUCGAGUGCGCUCUUGUCGAGCCCCCUUAUUUCAGCUCACAAUCGGUUUGCAAAAGUUUUUUCAUAGCAGUGUCGCUACUCUGGAUCAACAUGAUCUGAGAUAUUUACUCACUAACAGUGUGCUUCAUUUGGAGAACGAAAAACUUUCGCUUAUGAGGUGCUCAAGAGCGUGGAAUGAAUAAGACGGUCCACUUGCACAUGGGACUUAACUUAGUUGAAAGGACCGCCCCACACAUCGUCUGUGUCCCAUAGUCCAAUAUAACCUUCUUCUACAGAUAAUCCGGUUGUUAUUAUGCAAUCAGAUUGAUCUUUGCA